AUGGCUCCCAGUCAAAGUUCCGAAGCUCUCUCGGAUGGCUUUUCGCCUUCUGCUGGUAACCUGGACUCAGAACUCGCCGGAGGGUUUAUGGUGGGUGAUAAAAGCUACGCCAGCAAUCGAAGAAGAUCGACAAGAAAGAAGAAGCCAUCGUACGUUGAACCACCCGAUCUUGACGUGUUGGAUGGUGAUUUGGUAGAAGUAGAUAAGGAGACGAGUGCAAAGACCACUGAGAAACCUCCUGUGAAGACAACUAAGAAAGCUGGCCAAAGGAAACCAAAGGCGAAGGUUGCCAAAAAACGAUCACCAGAUUCGGGAACCGAUGAAGAGUACACUCUCGAAAACGUCUUCGAUAACGAGUCAGAGGAUAGUGAAGUCGAAGUAGUAGCAGAAAAAGCUACGAGAGAAGGUUCUUCCAUAGCAAACUCGAUCAGUUUGUCAGAUUUGGAUGACGAUACUGUUCCAUUGGCCGACGUAGAAGUACCACAAGAGUCUAAAGAACCGCCACCCAAAAAACGGAAAACCACCAAGAAGGCUACUCCUCGUAAGAAGAAGGAACCUAAAGUGAAAGUUCCUUAUUUUACAAGAGCUACGGCAAGGUUGUACGAGCAUCAUCCUAAACUCAAAGACGUAUUCCCAUAUUUGGGAUCACUUGAAACACCCCCAGUCAAACGCGCUCCACAACCAGAAGGGAUGAAUAUAAAGCUAUUGCCGUUUCAGCUUGAAGGUCUAAACUGGCUUUUGCAGCAGGAAGAAGGUGAAUUUCGCGGCGGCAUUCUUGCUGAUGAAAUGGGUAUGGGUAAAACCAUUCAAACAAUUGCCCUUUUUCUAAGUGACUUAUCUAAGGGACCCAAUUUGGUUGUUGGUCCUACUGUGGCACUUAUGCAGUGGAAGAACGAGAUCGAAAAGCACACAAAGGAUGGUUUGUUGAAAGUGCUCUUGUUCCAUGGCGCCAAUAGGGCAACCGAUGUGAAGGAGCUAUCCAAGUAUAAUGUGAUUCUCACUUCGUUCUCUGUCCUUGAAUCGGUGUUUAGAAAGCAAAAUUAUGGUUUUAAGAGAAAAGCAGGUCUCGUCAAGGAGAAAUCUCCAUUGCACUCUAUCGAGUUUUACAGAGUUGUGUUGGAUGAAGCACACAAUAUCAAAGAUAGAACUUCAGGCACGGCCAAGGCGGCUAACAACUUGAAGUGUUCCAAGCGCUGGUGCUUGACGGGUACUCCAUUACAGAAUAGAAUCGGAGAGAUGUACUCAUUAAUUAGAUUCAUGAAGUUGGAACCAUUCCAUCAAUACUUUUGUACCAAGUGUGAGUGCAGCAGUGAUGAGUGGAAGUUUCUGGACUGGAGGCAUUGUGACAUCUGCGGCCAUUCACCCAUGGUACAUACGAACUUCUUCAACCACUUCAUGCUUAAAAAUGUUCAGAAAUACGGUAUUGAAGGGUUGGGACUCGAGAGUUUCAACAACAUCAGGCUUUUACUAAAGCAUAUUAUGUUAAGAAGAACCAAGUUGGAGAGGGCGGAUGAUUUGGGUCUUCCUCCACGUGUGGUGGAGAUCAGGAAAGAUUGGUUCAAUGAAGAAGAAAAGGACUUGUACACUUCAUUGUAUAGUGACUCCAAACGGAAGUUCAACGACUAUGUGGCCGAGGGAGUUGUUCUCAACAAUUAUGCCAACAUUUUCACAUUGAUCACACGUAUGCGACAAUUGGCGGACCAUCCUGAUUUGGUGUUGAAACGAGUAGGAACCAAUCAAGUCUCGAACGAAAUUGAAGGGGUUAUUAUUUGUCAGUUAUGUGACGACGAAUCUGAAGAUCCCAUAGAAUCCAAAUGCCAUCAUAGAUUCUGCAGAAUGUGUGUGGUGGAGUAUUGCGACUCGUUUGGAGGUUUAGAUAAGAAUCUCAAGUGUCCAGUCUGCCAUAUUGGACUUUCGAUUGAUUUAGAGCAGCCAGCAUUAGAGGUGGAUGAGGAGUUGUUCACCAAGGCUUCUAUUGUCAAUAGAAUCAAAAGAGGAACCCAUGGUGGAGAAUGGCGCUCUUCGACAAAGAUUGAGGCUCUCGUAGAAGAGCUUUACAAGCUUCGUUCAGAUCGUCAUACAAUCAAGUCCAUUGUGUUUUCUCAGUUCACGUCGAUGUUAGACUUGAUCGAAUGGAGACUUAAAAGAGCAGGAUUUGAAACCGUCAAAUUACAAGGUUCGAUGUCUCCUCAACAAAGAGAUAACACCAUCAGACACUUUAUGGAAAAUACCGGAGUCGAGGUGUUUUUGGUAUCGUUGAAAGCUGGUGGUGUGGCAUUGAACCUUUGCGAAGCGUCGCAAGUUUUUUUGAUGGAUCCCUGGUGGAAUCCCAGUGUGGAGUGGCAGUCUAUGGACCGUGUACAUCGAAUUGGUCAAAAGCGACCGAUCAGAAUCACCAGGUUCUGUAUUGAAGACAGUAUCGAGCUGAAGAUUAUUGAACUACAGGAAAAGAAAGCCAAUAUGAUCAAUGCAACCAUCAAUCUGGACGACGCAGCGGUCAGCAGGUUAACCCCGGACGAUUUACAGUUCUUGUUUAUGAAUUAG